CAGGUUCGAUUUGCAUUGCAUCUUUUGGUAUAGUUCAGACAGAUUUCACUCGGCGUGUUGUGCAAAGCUACAAGGGAUUUCUGCAAAUUUCUGCAAAAGUAAGACAACUUUCUGCUCAAGACUUCUUGCAGCCUUACAAGUGUCCAACUCCCAUGUCACGGAGGAAAGCGACCCAGCAACCAUCAUCCAUCAUGGAAAAUCUUACUGUGCCCGAUCACUUCAAAGACCAUAAUUAUUGUAAGAGAAACACUGCAUGCCAGGCCCGUGAUGCAAAGAAACCCAGAGCCAGCAGGAAACAACCGUGCUGCAGCAAGGACCAGGUUGUUAAUUCAACCCAGAGGCCCCGGCGCCGUGACAGAACAGUCAGUCAGCCCCGGAAAAGGAAGCGAAGCCCAGCAUCCAGGUUAUCCCGACCUCCAAAGACCUCAGUGCCUCCCUCUGCAAUCGCACAUGAUGACCUGCCAGUGGCAAAAAAAUUGCCCCCCAGACCCGAGCCAUGCAGUACCAACCACCAGCCAACCAGCUCCAGUGACAGCCCUUUAAAAAUCUACAACCUCUCAGUGGAAGAUUAUCAGCGAGUCUACCAUGAGGUGGUAGAUAGCAGGCUGACGUCCAAGAAUGGCCGCAAACGUCCCUACAGUUUAGAGCUGGGGAGAAGUCUUAAACAAAACCUGUGGGAGAGACUGAAUCGUCCUAUGGUGGAAACAUCAACAAACGAGGACGGACUUGAAGAAAUUGACUUUAUGUAUGGGCAAAAAGUCAAAAUCCCACAUUUUGACAUUUCCUGUUAGCCAAAUCCUCAACAUCCACCGAGCAAAAGAGCAAAGGAGAGGUGAAUGUAGAGCAGCAGGAGCACUGCUACAAAACAUACAAUCAAAAACUGUGAAACACACAAAUCAACUGUAGAUAAAAGCACUGUAAAUAUAUGACAAAUGUUUCUGUAAAUAGUUCACAUGUGACUUUGAUAAUUAAAAUGUAAUU